AAUCACAAUUGUUAGCAUGUCAGCAUCAAAACUUCUUCUGUUUACUCUAGCUUUUUACUCUAGCUUUACUAAAACAACCGAAAAUCCUAGAGCAACUCAACCUCUUUACUCCCAUUUUAUCCAAGAAGAUAAAAUAGAGAGAGAAAGAAAGAGAGGGAGGUUGAAGGUUGAUGGCGGUGGCAGAAGAGAUAGAUAUAGUGAUUGUUGGUGGAGGAAUUUGCGGUUUAGCUACUGCUCUUGCUCUUCACAGGAAAGGUAUUAAGAGUUUGGUGUUGGAGAGGUGUGAUACCCUUCGAGCUACAGGGAGUGCUAUUGGUAUUUUCACUAAUGGCUGGUUUGCCCUCCACCAGCUUGGUCUUGACUCCAGUCUUCGACCAACUGCUAUUCCACUUCAAGGGGGAGUUGAAGUUUGGGCCGAUACUGGUGUGGAACGGAAAUUUUCUAUGGGUGAAGUGGAGGGUCGUUGCAUUAGAAGAAGUGAUCUCUUAGAAGCGCUAGCAAAUGCACUACCAUCGGAGACAAUACGUUUCGGCUGCCAAGUUGUAUCUUUGAAUGUGGAGAGAUCAACUUCAUAUGCAAUUCUUGAACUCCAUGACGGGAGCUUGAUCAAGGCAAAGGUGUUAAUUGGCUGUGAUGGAACGAACUCAGUCAUUGCAAAUUAUAUUGGCUUAAAGCCUACUCGACUUUUCUCUACAUGUUCAAUCAGAGGCUUGACGGUAUAUCCAAACGGUCAUGGAUUUGCUGCUGAGUUCUUGAGAAUAAGAAAAGAUAAGAAUUCAUUUGGAAUAAUUCCAAUUGAUGAAAAGACAGUCUACUGGUUUGUCGCUCUACAAUGGAUACAAAAAGAUGUCGAGAUGCCAAAGGACCCUGCGUCCAUUAGACUGACAACCUUAGACGCAGCAGCUGGUUUAUCGAGAGAUAUUGUGGAGAUGAUAGAGAAGAGUGACUUAACCUCUUUGUCACUCACACGUUUGAGAUAUCGGGCCCCAUGGAAUUUAGUUUCUGGAAACUUCCGCAGAGAAACUGUAACAGUAGCUGGGGAUGCAUGGCAUGUUAUGGGUCCUUUCCUCGGGCAGGGUGGGUCUGCAGCUUUAGAAGAUGCAGUUGUUCUUGCUAGAUGUUUAUCAAAGAAGGUAAGCAUUGCUGAUAUUAACGGAAGUAUAAUGCAUUUAUCAGCACAGAAGGCUAUGGAAGCUCUGGAUGAAUAUUUGAAGGAAAGGAGGCAGCGAGUAGUACUCUUAUCAACCCAAACUUACCUCACAGGUUUAUUGUUAGUUGAAGAUCCCUCUUUUCUGUUGAGAUUCUUCUGCAUCAUCAUGCUGUUUGUUUUUUUCCGGGACCAACUAAAUCACACAAGAUAUAAUUGCGGUGAACUCUAAAGUCAUUUUGGUGUUGACGCUGUAAAAGCUAGGAUUCUAUAUUUCGUGUUUAACAUACCACUUUUCAGUCUUUUUCCUGCCCUAUGGAUUUUAUGUUUCAGUUUUUCCACCUUUUGACAGUUUUACUGGUGUCUAAUGAGAAUAUCAGUUUAACAUA